AUGCGCAUACCGGCAGGAAAGGUGUACGUAAAAGACCUGCGCAUGCGCACUCUGACCUCGUGGAUCUGCAGCAGCUCCGGAACGCCCCGGAAACGGAGCCGGGAGCCUGACAGCCCCCGUUGGGAAUUCCGGACCCCGCAGCGCAAACGGCCCCGAGGAGCUCCCGGAUCUACAUCCCAAAAUUCCCCAAAUUCCCCAAAUUCCCGGAAUUCCCCCAGCCCCGAGCUGGAAACCCGGGAGAAAACGGCGCCGGCCCGCAGGCUGCAGAUCCUGGAGGGAAAUUUGGGAAUUCCAGCAGAAAAUCUGGGAAUUUCGGCAGGAAAUUCAGGAAUUCCGGCGGGAAAUUCAGGAAUUCUGGCGGGAAAUCCGGGAAUUUCUGGGAAUUCCUGCUUUUCCGUGGGGGUGUUCUACGGGCACAGGAAUUACCUGGAUCCCCUGCAGAGGAAACGGCUGCGGGAGCUGCUGGGGGAGGGGCACAAUUCCGGGAAUUCCGGGAAUUCUGGGAAAUUUGGGAAUUCUGGGUCUGGGAAAUCUGGGAAUUUUAGGCCAAAGCGCAGCAGCUCCAAAGGCAAUGGCAAGGGGAGAAGCAGCGGGAAUGCUGGGAAAUCCCGGAAUUCCAGGAGUGGGAAUUCCCAGAUUUCCAAAGCCGGGAAUUCCCAGAAUUCCAAAGUCAGCAAUUCCCAGAUUUCCAAGCUGGGGAACUCCCAGAAUUCCAGGAUUGGGAAUUCCCACCAUUCCAAGACUGGUGUGAAUUCCUGGAAUGCCGAGCUCAGGAAUUCCCGGAUUUCCAGCCUUGGGAAUUCCCAAAUUUCUGGGCCCGGCAAUUCCCUGCAUUCCAAGCUCGGGAACUCCCAGAUUUCCAAUGUCAAGAAUUCCCAGAUUUCUGAGGCUGAAAACUCCAGAAUUUCCAGAACUGGGAAUUCCCAGAAUCCUGAGGCUGACAAUUCCCGGAUUUCCGGGCUUGGCAAUUCCCAGAAUUCCGGGAUUGCUCAGAAUUCCCAGAUUCCCAAGGCUGACAAUUCCCGCAUUUCUUUCACUGGCAAUUCCCCCAUUCCCGAGGCUGAGAAUUCCCGGAUUCCCGAGGCCGAGAACUCCGGGAUUUCCGCCGUUGGCAAUUCCGGGAUUCCUGGUGCUGACAAUUCCCGGAUUUCCGGGCGGGGCCAUUCCCAGCUCCCCGGGCAAUCCGGGAAUUCCGGCCCCCCCCGGGUGCUGCUGGCGGGGGCGCGGCCGCGGCUGCGGCUCCCGCGGGGCUGCGCCUUCUUCCAGAGCCCGGGGACAGCCCGGAAACCCCGGAAACACCGGGAACACCAAACAAAACCCCAGGAACCACAAAAACCCCAAACACCCCAGGAACCCCAAACACCCCAAAAACCCCAGGAACCCCAAACACCCCAAACACCCCAGGAACCCCAAAAACCCCAAAAACCUCAAAAACAUCAAACACCCCAAAAACCCCAGGAACCCCAGAAACCCCAAACACCCCAAAAACCCCAAAAACAUCAAAAACCCCAGGAACCCCAAACACCCCAGGAACCCCAAACACCCCAAACAACCCAAAAACCCCAAACACCCCAGGAACCCCGGGAACCCCAGGAACCCCAAAAACUCCAAACACCCCAAAAACUCCAGGAACCCCAAACACCCCAGGAACCCCAAACACCCCAAACACCCCAAAAGCUGCCCGGGGCCGCGGCGCCGGGAGCGCCGGGCAAGGAAAACCGGGAAUGCGCCGCGGGAAAGGAGAGGGAGAAUGCCGGGAACAGCGGCCGGGAACGGCGCCCGAGUGAGGAAGGUUCUGGAAGGUGCCCGGAAUCCCAGGACGCCCCGGCCCAGCAGGAAGGGGGCUCGCCGUGCCCGGCCGGGCUCUUCCCGAUUUUCCUGCCCAGCAGGAGGAGGCCCCUGGCGGAGCUGCCGUGUCCCCUGGGCCCCUCUGGAAAAGCUCCCAGGAAAUCCAAGGAAUCCUCCUGGGAUCAGCUGAUCAUCGACGCGGGGCAGCGGCAGCUGGGUCCCCGGCAGUGCGGAUCCUGCGGGAUGCUCUUCGCUCCCGGCGUUCCCGAGGAUCGGCUGCAGCACCUGCGGCACCACCGGCGCCUGCGGCACGCCCUGACACACACGGGCUGGAAGCAGGAGCGCGUGGUGGCGGAAUUCUGGGAUGGGAAAAUCCUCCUGAUCCUUCCCGAGGAUCCCAAAUACGCCCUCAGGAAGGCCGAGGAGGUGCUGUCCGUGGUGGAUUCCGAGCUGGGUUUCCCGCAGCAUUCCCGGCUGUUCCCGCAGCAUUCCCGGGUGUUCCUGUUCGUCAGCCCCGGCAAGUGCGUGCUGGGCUGCCUGGUGGCCCAGCCCAUCACUCAGGCAUUCCGGGUGCUGCCGGAGCCGGGCCUGGCGCCGUUACCGGAGCCCCGUGACCCCGGCGCUUCCCAUGACCCCGGCGAUUCCCAGCGCUCCGAUGCUCCCGGCGGUUCCCGGCGCUCGGGCGCUGCCGGCGGGGAUCCGGCGGAUCCGGCGGUGCCGGCGCUGCGGGCGUGGCGCUGCUCGCUGCGGGCGGAGCCGGCGGCGUGCGGCAUCAGCCGGCUCUGGGUGCUGGGCGCGCGCCGGCGCCGCGGCAUCGCCCGCAGGAUGAUGGACGCCCUCAGGCGCACGUUCGUGUUCGGGGCGGUGCUCAGCUCCCGGGAUUUGGCCUUUUCCGACCCCACGGCCGACGGCCGAGGCUUCGCCGCGCGCUACUGCGGCCGCCACGACUUCCUGGUCUACAGCCCCCUGCAGGAGGGAUCCGCCCCGCCGGGAUCCGCACCGGGAUCCGCACCGGGAUCCUCACCGGGAUCCGCUACACCAGGAUCUGCACCGGGAUCCGCACUGGGAUCCGCACUGGGAUCACCGGGAUCAACACUGGGAUCAACACCGGGAUCUGCACCGGGAGCCACAGGACCGGGGUCAGCGCCGGGAUCACCGGGAUCUGCUACACCGGGAUCAACACUGGGAUCGGCACCGGGAUCAGCACCAGGAUCACCAGGAUCCGCUACACCGGGAUCCACGGCACUGGGAUCUGCUCCAGGAUCUGCACCAGGAGCUACAGGACUGGGAUCAACAUCGGGAUCAGCACCGGGAUUGGCAUCUGGAUCAGCAGCACCGGGAUCCACACCGGGAUCUGCACCGGGAGCUGCACCGGGAGCUGCACCGGGAGCCAAAGGACCAGGAUCAACACUGGGAUCAGCACCGGGAUCCACACAGGGAUCAACACUGGGAUCGGCACCGGGAUCAGCACUGGGAUCAACUCCGGGAUCACUGGGAUUGGCAUCAAGAUCCACGGCACCGGGAUCAACAUCAGGAGCCACACCGGGAUCCACAGCACCGGGAUCAGCACCAGGAUCAGCACCGGGAUCAGCACCGGGAUCAGCACUGGGAUCAGCACCGGGAUCAGCACCAGGAUCAGCACCAGGAUCAGCACCGGGAUCGGCACCGGGAUCCACGCUGGAAUCUGCACCGGGCCCAGCGUGAUCAGCACCGGGAUCGGCGGGAUUGGGAUCGGGACCAGUGGGAGCAGCGGGAUUGGGAUCAUUGGACUUGAAAUCGGGAUCAUUGGGAUCAUCAGGGUCAGGAUCACCGGGAUCAUUGGGGUCCUUGAGCCCAGCCUGAGUUCCCGAGGGGCUGGAAAAGCCGGGAUUGAUCCCAAUCCAGGAUGAGAUCCCAAGGGAAUUGGGAGCUCCCACGGGAACCCUUUCCUUCCCUUUGGGAUCCCUCCCUUUCUUUGGGAAUCUUUCCCUUCCCUCCCUUGGGAAUCCCGCCCUGAAUCCUUUCCGAAUCCCUCAUUCCCUUCGGGAUCCUUCCCUUGGGAUCCUUCAUCCCUUCCCUUCCCUUGGGAAUCUUUCCCUAAAUCCCUUUCAGAUCUUUCCAAAAUCCUUCAUUCCCUUGGGAAUCCUUCCCCCGGGAAUUGCUCAUUCCCUUCCCUUGGGAAUCCUUCCCUAAAUCCCUUCCCUUCCAAACCCCUCAUUCCCUUGGGAUCCCUCAUUCCCUUCCUUUCUUUGGGAAUAUUUUCCUUCCCUUCGUUUAGGAAUCCUUCCCUUCCUGGGAUCUUUCCCUUCCCUUCCUUGGGAAUGCUGAGCUCCCUUGGGAAUUCUUCAUUCCUUCCCUUCCUUUGGGAAUCUCUCAUUUCCUUGGGAAUCCUUCCUUUCCUGGGAUUUUUCCCUUCCCCUCCUUGGGAAUCCCUCCCUGAAUCCCUUCCAAAUCCUUCAUUCCCUUGGAAAUCCCUCCCUUUAGAAACUUCCUUCCCUCCCUUGGGAAUCCAUCCCUAAAUUCCUUCCAAACCCCUCCUUCCCUUGGGAAUCCCUCAUUCCCAUCCUUUCUUUGGGAAUCUUUCCCUUAAUCCCUUCCAAAUCCUUCAUUCCCUUGGGAAUCCUUGCCUUCCUUGGGAAUGCUGAGCUCCCUUGGGAAUUCUUCCUUUCCUGGAAUCCUUCCCUCCCUUGGGAAUCCUUCCCUGAAUCCCUUCCCUCCCAAACCCCACAUUCCCUUGGGAAUCCCUCAUUCCCUUCCUUUCUUUGGGAAUCUUUCUCUUCCCUCCCUUGGGAAUCCCUCCCUGAAUCCCUCCCGAAUCCUUCAUUCCCUUUGGAAUCCUUCCCUCGGGAGUUCCUCAUUCCCUUCCUUUCCUUGGGAAUCCAUCCCUAAAUCCCUUCCCUUCCAAACCCCUCAUUCCUUUGGGAAUCCCUCAUUCCCUUCCUUUCUUUGGGAAUCUUUCUCUUCCCUCCCUUGGGAAUCCCCGAUUCCCUUGGGAAUUCUCCUUCCCUUUGGGAUCCCUCAUUCCCUUGGGAACCCCCCAUUCCCUUGGGAAUUCUCCUUCCCUUGGGAAUCUCCCCGGGAUCCCCCCCUCCUCCCUGCCCAGCUGCUGAGUUCCACUGGAAAUCCUGGAAUUCUCCAGGAUCCCCCCCAAUUCCCGCCUUUUCCCGGCUGGUUUUUGGGGUUUAACUUCAUUGGGCUCGGGCCUUCGUUAGCGGGAAUCGGCUUUUCCCAAAAGUUCCCUUGGAAUUGUGCCGGGAAUUCUGCCCGAGGCUUUUCCCCCCGGAGCCUCCCAGGCGGGGAAUUCCAGGUUUUUGUGGGAAUAUCCCAAGGUUUUCUGAAGUUACUCCACACAUUUCUGACAAUAUCCCAAGGUUUUCUGAAGUUGUUCCGUAAAUUUCUAACAAUAUUCCAAGAUUUUGUGAGGUUAUUCCGUAAAUUUCUGUCAAUAUCCCAAGGUUUUCCUGUGAUAUUCCGUACAUUUCUGUCAAGAUUCCAAGGUUUUCUGAAGUUAUUCCCUAAAUUUCUGUCAAUAUUCCAGGGUUUUCUGAUGCUGUUCCAAGGUUUUCUGGAAAUAUUCCAAGGUUUUCUGAAGAUAUUCCAUAAAUUUCUGAAAAUA